AUGACCCGCGACGACCCUAAUACUGAUUCCGAUUAUGAAAGUCUCCCAGACUAUGUCUCGGAGCCAGAAAACCUCGUCUCUGACUAUCCGCAUGCCCCACUAGACACGGUCGAAUCUCCAAUCCCAUCAACAAGCAACAUUACACUCGAUAUCCAAACCGAUGUAACUUCUAAGGAAUGGGAAGUCAUUCAGAUUCUUGGAGAAAAGGAAGUGGAUGGUAUCAAGUACUAUGCCUUUGACUGGAAGCCCAGCUGGAUACCAGAACAUGAUGCUGAAAACGCCAAGGAGUUGAUUCAAGCUUGGCAGGAACAGAAGGCCAAAGGCCAAAAAAGGGGACACAGGAAGCGCAAUACUACUCGGAGAACCGGAGGCCGAGGCAAGCGUCCAGUGCUUGAGUUGGGAGAGCACACGAAGGAUGCCAGGAAAUAA